UGGUACUCUAUCCGGUUGUAUAAAGAUUGCCACGAGUUAGCGGAGUCGGAGAGUAUCCAUCUUGAAUAGCAGCGUACAUUUUAAACAGCGAUCACUAUGUCUGACGACGCUGAGCAGCAAUUGAUGGAGACCGCUAAAAAUGGAAAUGAAGCCGAGGAAGAACUGAAUGGCGCAGAAGAAUCCACAGAACACCCCGAGGCAGAGGAACAAGAAGAACAGAGCUGCACGGUAGAGGGAGAGCCAGUGGCAGAGGAACCGGCUGUGGUGGAGGAAGGAGUCACGCAGAACGGAGCGGCAGAGGGGGGACAGAUAAAUGCAAGUAAAGGCGAGGAUGACGCUGGCAAAAUGUUUGUUGGUGGACUUAGCUGGGACACUAGCAAAAAAGACCUGAAAGACUACUUCUCCAAAUUUGGAGAGGUGACUGAUUGUACCAUCAAGAUGGACUCAAACACAGGACGAUCACGUGGGUUUGGGUUCAUCUUGUUCAAAGAAGCAGCAAGUGUAGACAAGGUUCUUGAGCAGAAAGAACACAGGCUAGAUGGACGACAGAUAGACCCAAAGAAGGCGAUGGCAAUGAAGAAGGAACCAGCCAAGAAGAUCUUUGUUGGUGGCCUAAACCCAGAAGCCACAGAGGAGACCAUAAGAGAAUACUUUGGAACCUUUGGAGAGAUUGAAUCCAUUGAACUUCCAGUGGACCCGAAGUUCAAAAAAAGGAGGGGGUUUAUCUUCAUCACAUUCAAAGAAGAGGCCACUGUUAAAAAAUGCCUUGAAAAAAAGUUCCACAAUGUCUGUGGAACCAAGGUAACAAACGGAAAGGAAGGCCUUUGUGAGAUCAAAAUCGCCCAGCCCAAGGAGGUGUACCAGCAGCAGCAGUUCGGAGGCCGUGGUGGUGGUGGCGGGAGCUAUGGAGGAGGCCGGGGAGGCAGGGGUCGUGGUGGCCAAAACCAAUAUGGGAACCAGGGUUAUAGUAAUUACUGGAGCCAAGGCUAUGGCAACCAGGGCUAUGGCUAUGGUGGGCAGCAGGGCUAUGGAAACUAUGGAAGUUACGGCAACUAUGACUACUCCGCUGGAUACUAUGGAGGGGGCUACGACUACAGACUCAAGUAAACACAGAUUUGAAAGACCAUGGGCGCGGCAGAAGUAUGCAGGACUUGAUUCUUUCCUGUGGGAUGAGAUUCAUGCUCCAUUUGUACAGACCAUCUGAGGAACUGGAGAAGUAAAUGCCACUUUUCCAUGUUUUUAUUUUAUCAUUUUUGGGGGGGUCCACAUUUCCAGAGAUGGAAGUGUUAUUUUUACUGUACUUUUUGGUACCUUUUUUGAAUCUAAUGUAUUGUAUGGUUGUAUUUUACAUGUCGCCUGGAUUUACACGAGAAUCAGAAGCUGUCGGAGCUUUUGAAAUAAACCAAUUUUGAGUAAUUUUUUUCUGGUUUCUAGAUGACUUUAUUUUCUGGCUCUGGACUUGCAACAAGGAAUUCAGUGUGGGAUUGGGGUAUGAUGUAAAAGGGAUUUGCCUAAAUCUGAAUUCAUUUACGAUUGUCUAGAGAAUGUCAACUUGUAGAUGGAACCAACCAGUAUAUUUUGGAUUCAUUUUAAUUUUGACCUGUUAAGUGGCAUUUAUAGAAAAUAUAGUUAAAGCCUGCAGAAUAUUGCUACGUCAUUGUCUUUGGCUAAUUGUUAGAAAUAAAAUUGAUUUUAUAA